AUGGAUUUCAUCAAGACCAGUUCCCUGCGUGCUCUGAUUGAGUUAACUUUCCAACGCAAUUGGAAUGGCCUAAUUUGGAUGAGUAGAAAAGGAGUUACAACCAAAAGAGUGAAGACUGUCCAGACGGCUCUAUCGAGAAUCAGCGCCCAACCGCGCAGUCCGGCUGGCCGAGGAACGAAUGUUCCGCGCUCGGCCAAAUCCGUCCGUCCGUCUGAAGUCUCGGCCAAAGUCCAAACCGUUCGGCCGCACGCAAUCACGACCCGGGAAACAUUGCCCGCGGUCGGCCAACGCCACGCCACGACCGCGCACGACCAAACCGCGCGAGCCGGGAAACGCCUCGCGGCCGCGCAACCCAUCCGCGUACCACGGCCGAUGCAUCCGUCCGAGCCGGGAAGAACGUCCCACGUCCGGCCGAGAAUUUCAUCGGCCAAAUUCAUCCGCCGACCACAGCCGGCCGACCACGCAUCCGUCCGACCCCGACCGUUCCGACUCGGCCACAUACCCGACUGUCCGGCCGAUCGUCCCGCACGACCGUCCCAACGCCGCGGUCGACCCGAAGCCCUUUUUGAAGCCCAAACUUAUGUUUUCAAGCCCGGCUUAACCCUAGCCGCCUCUAGAAAGACCUAG